UAUAGGAAGAAUAUGGACAGUUUCCGGUCAUGGACUGGAUCACCCCCACACCGGACUUCCUAAUCCCCCAACACGAUACCAUGAUGGCAUGCCUGAACACCCAGGGCGCAGUCCCACCGCAGCUUCCGGAACUGUGGUACUUCGUGGUAAGAGGCCAAACGGUGAAAGUCACAGUGUCGACGGAAAGCAACCCACAGUGCUUCAAAGGCAGACAGAGAGGCCACAUCGGAACAGACCCAAGAUGCCCCAAAAAUGCAGACUCGACAAAGAAUAAAACGCUGAAGCAAACCAGCCUAGAGGAAGUUGAGGGGGAGCCGGGCUUCUGGUUUGGCAGAGACGCUAGGUACAUUGGAUGGGUUUUUAACGAUAACCUGGAGACGCCAGACUGGGUGUCGACCUUAGAAGGGGAGCCCACCCCGAGACCGGAUAUCUACCCCCCGUCAGAUAGCAGCUGGCAGACCAAGAAUAUCGGUAAGAAAUCACCCAAAGUUUUCUCCACCGAUCAAGUACUAAACAAGGAAAGAGUUCAGGAGGAGAGGAGAUUGAGAGAUUUGCAAAUGGAUUUAGACGUAACAGGAGAGUUGGCUGAAAGAAGAAGGUUAGAAGCAGUAAGAGAACGGAGGGAGAACAACGGGUCAUCAGUCCAAUCAGAGAACAACGCAACAGGCAUCAUUCAAUACACACGCAAAGGGAACACAAGCACAAAACAGGGAAGAGGAACAACCACAGGGGAAAGAGAGAGACAGGAACAAGAUGUGGAAAUGACCGAAGACAAAAGAAUCGGGAUCAAAAGAAAGGGGGAGGAAUUCACAAAAGAGGACGCCAUUGAAAGAGCAACUCAUGAAGAGGAUGGACUUCUGGAGGAGGACGACUGGGAGAACAGACCCAUUGAGAAAAUCAAGGAAUACAUUCUCUCCAUGAAGGCCCAACGGGCAAGCAUGUUCGAACUACACAUGGCUUACGUGAGGGAAGAAGUUAAGGACACCGGGGCACUGCCACGACGCAGUGCCAGGCUUGCAGUUCGUACCCGCCCUGUGGUACCUCCAAGAACGAAGGCUCAGCAACAACGACUCAGCAAACGGAAGACUCCAGCGGCAUCGAGUACAGCAUUGACGGUACCGGUUACCACCGGGGUUCUUCCCGCAUGCCCGGUCCAAGGGGCCAAUGAGCCAGUGGCAGCUUACUUUCAGUGGGUACAGGUAUUCACUGAUACCGUAGCUGCCGUCAAGGCUCGGCAGGAGGCAGCAGAGGCAGAACGUCAGCGGCUGGCCAAUGAAGCGGCAGCCCAAGCUCAGCAGACUGCUGAGGCUGAUGCAGCGGCACGAGAUCAACGGAAUGCCGCCAGCACGGAGUCCCUGAUUCAUAGUGAGAGCCAGUGGACAACGUUCCUCCAAGGCAUGAUCUUUGUGCCUUCGGACGCGCAGGCAGAUCCGACACCGGCGGAGGCAAAGAAGACCCACCUGGCCAACUUGAUGCUGGGCAUGAUGAGAGGAAUCAUGUGGAAUAACACACUGCUGCAGGCACAUCUGCGCACAGAACGACAGCAAAGACAAAAGUACCAGCAAGACAUUGCUGUUUUAACAACUGCCAUCCGCGCCGAAGCAACACAGCAGCAACUGCAUCAGCAGUUGAACUCCGCUCUCGCGCGCAUCAACAACAUUGAGGCUAACACCUCAGCAGCGCCAGGCUGCACGAUAGACGAGACAAARCAGCUCAAUGGGCGYAUCGAUCACGUCGUCAAACUCAUCGGCGACAUAGGUGUUUUCAWUGGACCGGACACGAUCAGUAGCACGGUGGCCGCCAUCAAGACGGACAUCACCAAGCUGCAGACGAGACCGGACGCCGCCACGAAGAAUUACAAGAUGCCGCACUUCGACAUCAGCAAGUUCGACGACUACAACAAGUCGGACGCCUUGACAUGGUGGCAAAGCUUCCUCACGGAAGCAUCAUGCCACACCGUCCCGGCCGACGACAUGAUGAAGGCACUGUACUUACAACUGAUUGGAGGAGCGCAGACAUUGAUGAAUCAUCUGGCGGCUACAAAGAAAUGCACCAUCGCCGAACUCCACACGCACAUCCCGUGGAAGCAGUUCGAGAAGCAAUGGCUCACCCGGUUUAUGGUUCGCAACGUCGUGAAGGCAGCCAUGAACGAGGUGUACACCUGCUCUCAAGGUAGUAUGCCAACUCGAGACUGGACAACUAAGUGGCAGAAGAUAGUGACCACACCAGGCUUCGAUUUGAGUUUUACCAAUCAACGAUCCGAGUUCUUCUCGCGAUCGUGCGCAGGACUGCGAUCGGCACUCGACAACGAGUACGAUUACGAUUCAUUCCAGGCCAUUCUGGAUCGUGCAAACUUAGUCAUCCAAACGGAUGACAAGGCCGCAAACGAACGGCAGUCCCAGCCGCAUUAUGUGGCUAAGCAUGGCUAUCAACGUCCGACACACAACAAUGCCGUGAUUUAUGAAAAAACAGACGAUCUCCACGCUGCAGCAGCAUCCUCGAGUGAUGGAGGAAUUGUAGCAGCGCUCCCGCCGAAGCGUCCCAAGAGAGUUCGGAAGAACAAGGCGACACAAGAGACGGCAUCGACGGGAACUGGGCAGCAGCCAUGGACGGCUUACAAGAUAACCAAGGAUGUCUAUGACCUUCGUCAAAAGUACGGAUACUGCCUUUGGUGCAACGGCGUCACUCAUGUGACCGCACAAUGCCCCGAAAAGGGCAAGGCACGCGUACCCCGUACGACUAUGAAGUCGAGCUCGGCUCGGCACCCGCUGACGGAUGGCCAGACGGAGCGAGCACACCAAACCGCUCAGCUGAUGUUGCGUACGCUCAUCCGUCCCGACCAGAAAGAUUGGGUUGACCGGCUUCCCGACAUCGAGUUCGCCUAUAACACUUCGGUGCAUCCGGCGAUCUGCGUCACACCAUUCGAGCUAUAUCAUGGUGGAGAGAAAGCACGGAUCUUCGCUGAUCUCCUUUUGCCACAGGCUGCCGACAUAGACGUCCCUUACUCUCCCGCUUCCGUUUGGAAGUACCGGGACUUGCUGAUCAAAGCCCGCGCAAAUAUGCAAAAGGCUCAGAUCCGCAUGCAGCAGCAGGCUAACCGAUGUCGACUUCCAUGUCCUUUCCGCGAGGGAGACCUUGUUUGGGUCCUCUCCRAGGAAUUUGCGCUCGAGCAGGAYGUUUCGCGCAAACUCCUUCCGAAAUGGUUCGGACCAUGGGAAGUCACUUCUGCCGUUGGAGACGACCCCGCAGGUCCUUCCUUCGUGAUCAACAUUCCACGGCACCUUACAGUGCAUCGGGUCUUCCACGCAUCGAAGCUGGCCAUCUACACGCCACCUUCAGUUGACGAGUUUCCCGAACCUCGAUCACAGGAUCCGCCUUCUAUGGACGGACAUCAGGAAGUGGACCGAGUCAUCACGCACCGCAAGUAUGGCAACGAGCCAAUGCAGUACAAAGUCACAUUCAAGCAAUGUGCGUCUGACGACACUCGGUGGAUCUCUAGUGCAGAUUUGCAGACUUCUGCACCCCUCAUCUUCGCCAACUAUGAGAAGACACGACUUGCCAUGGCAGCAGCUCGUCCCACCCGACCCAUCCCGAGACAACUCCGCCCUCGCAGGUAACUCGGUCUUUUAAGAGGGGGAGUGUGUUAUAUCUUCGACGCCACACGGGUCC